AUGGAUGACUUUCUUAUUCUUUCACCUUCUUCUUCCUCCUCUUCACUAGACCUUCAAAACACUACUCAUCUUCCUUGUAACCAGAAGCUCCAAUUCCUCCUUCAGACCCAACCUCACCACCCCUGGGCUUAUGCCAUUUUCUGGAAGACCUGCACCUUCAACCAUUCCUUGACCUGGGGAGACGCUCACUUUCUCCAAAACCCUAGCAAACCCGUAAUCCAAUCUCUCCUUGGACCCCAAAACCCUGAUGAUCCUGAAUGGUUCUAUGUCGUCUCUUUGACUAGGUCCUUCACCAUUGGGGAUGCCUCCGCCCCUGCCAAAGCUUUCGCUUCCAGUUCCAUCCUCUGGUUCACGGCUGCCGACCACUUUGAUUGUGAUAGAGCCAAAGAAGCUCACAUCCAUGGCCUACAAACCCUCCUCUACAUCCCUACCUCUACCGGGGUUGUGGAAAUGGGUUCUUAUCAUGUCAUCCAUCAUCAGCCUGACUGCGAUUUACCAAAUCAAGCUCAGCUGCUAUUCGGUGGUGCAUCUUCUUCCUCCUCCUCAUCUUCUCCUCCUACCACUACAACUAGUACUUUUUUCAAACACCAAGUUUCCACCGCAAGUCCUAUGAACAGGAUUUCGUUGGAGGAUAUGUUGAAUGGAGAGAGCAUCCACAUUAUAGAGUCCGGACCACCAAAGAAAUUGGGCAACAUAAAAACCAGUAGUGGUACUGUCGCUGAUGUGGUAUCAGAUACAGCAUCCGAACAUUCGGAUUCAGAUUGCCAGCUGGUUCUUGCAACCGCAAAGAAACAAGGGCAGAAAAACAAAGGAAGGUGUAGGAACGUGAGGAAUCCUGCGUUGAACCACGUGGAGGCGGAGAGGCAACGGCGGGAGAAGCUGAACCAACGUUUCUACACGCUGCGAUCGGUGGUCCCAAAUGUAUCAAAGAUGGACAAGGCGUCGUUACUGGCGGAUGCGGUGUGUUAUAUCAAGAAAUUGAAAGAGAAAGUGGAAGAACUGGAAUGGCAGGUGCAUAAUGACCAACGACGGAAGUCGUUAACGAAGGUGAAGGUGGAAGAAGUAGAAGUAGAAGUAGAAGUAGAAGUAGAAGUAGAAGUAGGAGAGAAGAUGGAUAAGAAAUUAAGGAGUGGUGGAAAGAAAAGGAUGGACGUAGAGGUGGAUGUGAAAAUGGCGGGUGAGGAUGCGAUGAUACGUGUACAAUCGGGAAACAAGGAUUGGCCGGUGGCAAAAGUGAUGGAUGCGUUGAGAGAAAUGGGAGCAGAGGUGCACCAUGCAAGCAUGUCGUGUGUGAAUCAAGUGAUGCUUCAAGACGUGGUGAGUAGGAUCCCUGGUGCCACACAAGAUGAAGUGAAAUCGCAUCUGUUCACCAGAUUAAACCACUCCACUUAA